AUGGGCUCACUUCCUAAGGGAGUACCGUAUUUCCCAACCUCUGAUCAUCGCAACUUGUUACAACAAGUUAUUGAUGGUAGUGAGAUAGAAAAUCUCUUAGUUCGUAGUUACAAGAGGAGUUUCAAUGGCUUUGCCGCCAUACUCAAUGAUCAACAAAGGAAAAAGCUUGCUAGCAUGAAUGGUCUUGGUCCUAUUCCAAAGAAGUGGAGGGGAGUUUGUGCAGGGGGUGGUAAUUUCAGUUGCAACAACAAGAUCAUUGGAGCACGAUUUUAUGGUGAUGAAUAUGUGAGUGCAAGAGAUGGUUCCGGUCAUGGAACUCACGUAGCAUCAACAACAGGUGGAAUUGAGGUUAAGGAUGUGAGCUUUUAUGGUCUUGCUAAAGGCACUGCAAGAGGUGGAGUCCCAUCUUCAAGGAUUGCUACAUACAAAAUUUGUCGCGGCAACAGUACAUGCAGUGGUGAUGUUAUUUUAGCAGCAUUUGAUGAUGCAAUUGCUGAUGGAGUUGACAUCAUCACUAUCUCUAUUUGUGACGGUUAUGCCGUAGAUUUUUUGAAAGAUCCUAUUGUCAUUGGCUCUUUUCAUGCCAUGGAGAAGGGAAUACUCACAACACAGUCUGCCGGAAACUUUGGCCCUACCCCAAGUAGUGUUUGUAGUGGAGCACCUUGGUUAGUUACGGUUGCAGCAACUAGCAUAGAUCGUCAAUUCAUUGAUAAGAUUGUUCUUGAAACGUAA